AUGUUAACAUUACUUGCAGGCCCUGCAUUCUACUGUCCAGUUUUAGAGUCAUGCUCCCUCGGACAUGCCAUACAGGGCUUAAGCUCACACUUACCAGCUCACAACCUCCACCUCACAACCCCCAACUCACAACCUCCUCCUCACAACCUUCACCCCAUAAACCACCUCACAACUUCUACGUCACAACCCCUAGCUCACAACCUCCCCAUCACAACCCCCAACUCACAAUCUCCCCUCAACCCCAAACUCACAACCUUCACCUCGCAACCCACCCUCACACAACCCCCACUCACACCUUCACUUCACAACCUUCACUUAACAACCCCCAACUCACAACCUCACUUCACAACCUCCAACUCAUACCCUCCACUUCACAACCCCCCUUACAACCCCAACUCACAACCUCCACCUCACAACCCCCUCACAACCCCCAACUCACAACCUCCCCUCACAACCCCCAACUCACAAUCUCCCCUCACAACCCCCAACUCACAACCUUCACCUCACAACCCACCCUCACAACCUUCACUUCACAAAAACUCACAACCUUCACUUCACAACCUCCAACUCAUACCCUUCACUUCACAACCUCCACCUCAUAACCUUCACCUCACAACAUUCCCCUCACAACCCCCAACUCACAACCUUCUCCUCAUUGCCGAUAGUUACAACAUCCCGAGGAGUUGUGAGAAAAGAAAUGAAGCCUCGUGUGAUAUCGUUGAGUUAGAGGAUAGUGUGAGAUUGAAGCUGUGUGACAGAAUGCUAUUGUGGAAGGGUUAUAGUCUACGAGGCAGUGGCCACAGUAUUAGUUAUAGGGAAUCAUAG